AUGCCCAGCGCCGAGGCGGAGAGCGGCCCCCGGGAGGGGGCAGCGGGGGCUGCCGCCGGGGGGCCGGGCGAGGAAGAAGAGGAGGAGGAAGAGGAUGGCUUCGAGGAGUACGACGACUUCUCCCAGCUGCCCGACGCUUGCAGCAUCGCCUCCGACGACUCCUUCUACCCGCCGCGGGGGCUGGAGGAGGAGGAGGAGGAGGGGGACCGCCGGUCCCUGGAGCGGGGGGACCGCGGAGGAGCCGGGGCGCCCGGCUUCUUCCGAGCCUGCUGCGCCAACAACGCCGCCGGGCUCAGGGCGCUGAUCCGCCGGGGCCCCGAGGAGCAGGAGGUGCGGGAGACCGACCGCAACCGCCGGAACGGUCUUAUUGUUGCCUGUUACCAAGGUUAUGUGGAUAUUGUAAUAGCCUUAGCACAAUGCCCUCACCUUGAUGUGAACUGGCAGGACAACGAAGGGAACACGGCUCUAAUUACAGCUGCACAGGCAGGGCACAUAACGAUUACAAACUAUUUGUUGAACUAUUUUCCUGGGCUUGAUAUUGAGAAGAGGAAUGUCUUCGGAUUCACAGCACUGAUGAAAUCUGCGAUGCAGGGCCGAACUGAAUGCGUGAAAGCCUUGAUGUUGGCAGGGGCAAAUGUUCACGCGACCGACCCAAGCCGCGGACUGACUUCAUGGGAGUGGGCUUGUUACACAGGAAGAUCAGAAUCCGCCUUCAUCAUGCGAAAGCUGAUGGACAAGCCAUGCCCGGAGCAGUUUUGUGAUCAAUUUAAUCCAGAAUGGCCAAAGAUGAAGGAACUUCUUGCCAAGGCUGCAGAGCCAAAAACCUGUUUGCAGAGGAUUUCCGAGUGCAUGAGGGCAGCUGUCUCAUUACGGUCUUUCUAUGGCCCAGAAGAAGAGGGGGUCCUCGACCACAUGGUGAAGGUGACAACGAGUUUGGGCAGCCCUUUCAUUGCUCUGUCGUGCCGGACCGUGUGUCCAGGCAGCCCACCUUCUGUGGGGAAACGCAGACUGGCCGUUCCAGAAAUCCUGAGGAGGCAGAGGGCCGAGGAGAUCCGAUCGCGGGACAAAGAUCACAUCAGCAGCUACGAGAAGCUAUUUCAGCACUCCAAAGUCACGCUGAUCCCCAGGAAGAGGGACCGGCGAGCCAGCCUGCAGCCCGUCAGCCUGACGGCCUCCCAGGUGAACCCCGUGGGCGCCAGGAAAGCAAGCCUCCUGCCCCUCCACCUGCUCAGACGGAGCAGCGUCAGGCCGGGAUUUGUCAUCCCCAAAGUCCGGAUCAUCAAGGCGCCUCCGCCCACCUUCCAGCCAGAACAGGUGAGGAGGAGGAGCAGUGCGAAGGACGACCCCUAUUUGCAGAUUCCCAAAUGGAGAUACAAGGAGCUGAAAGAGGAGCGGAAGAAGGCAGAGGAGCAAGAGAAGAAAAAAGCAGCAGAGGCUCAGAAGCAGAGGCAGGUGUCCCCUGCCAGAUGCAGGACCUGAUUUAAAGGCAGCUGCUUAGAAGGUUCUAGAGCCGUUAGUCUCGUUAUCUGAGCAAGAUAACAGACUGAAUGCCUUCGCGCACGCCCACUGCGCACGGAGCUCCAGUGCUGGAAAAUGGUCUUUGGGGUGCAGAAGCAGGGCAAGGGCUGUGCCACAGUGUGUCUGACGGUGCAGCAGGGAGGUAUUUUGAGGGGGAAGGCUUGUUAAGUUUGCCUCUCUGCUGUCGAGAGGAAGUUUUAAGCGGUGCAGUCCUUUUGCGGUUUCUUUUUUCUCCAGUUCCGGGUGAAUGACGGAGAAGCAGCUCGAAAAACAGCAUGCGUGGGAAAGGAUCGUGUUCUGUGUUUGUUCAUUUUGUAACGGACAAAAUUAAGGAGUUGUGCUUUUGACACCACACUUCCCUCCCUCUCCUUGCUUAGGUAGACGUAUUGCAAGGUUUUAUAGUUGUAAUGAAAAGUUUAAAAUUAUACCCCAGUGCUGGUGGGCAGUGAAAAUCCAGGUCCACAAUUGUGUUGAAUAUACUAAGCACUUUAAUUCCAGUAAUCAAAGUUUAAAACAGGAUAGGUAUUAAACCAUACAGGUCUAUGCAGUCUGUAUGGAUGCAGUUCUUAAUGCUAUUGUUUGUUCUGUUGAACAUAAGAAGGGCCACAUAUGAAAUAUUUCUGUAGUCGAGGCAUUCACAUCCUCUGCAGGUAUAAAUCAGGGGCAGGGACUGAUUUAUUUGGAGCAGCAGAUAAAGCUGAGAUAAUUUUUGAAUGCCACUGUCACCUCCCCCGUUUGCUCCCUCGUGAAGUUUCCCUGUAUCCUCUAUCUGUUGUGUCCUCUGUAGUCUCAGGGAAUUUUUUGUCAUUGUGUUCAACUGUGAAAUAAGGGAGAUGGUGAGCCACAGGUGGGCUUCUUUUAGGUUGAUAUUUAAGUUCCUCUUAAAAAAAAAAAAAAAAAAACAAAACAAAACCUACCAGGUUUAUUGGGAGCUUUUUCAGAUUACAGCCAGGACAGGAAAAUUCUGCAGCUUCCAGAAGUUCAAGCAGUUUUCCCAGGUAUCACGACUGGUCGUACGCUAUGAACAGCCCGUCGGAGAUGCAGGACCAGGCAGCUCAGCCACUCAAGUUUAGAAAGCGUGGCCAGAUGUCAUUGUGAGCUUGGGUAGUACACCCCUGGGUGCCCGGAGAGGGCAGUACCUCACCCCCCUGUCCCAACGCUGGCAGAAAAACUUCCCUAGUAUAGCAGUGCAUCUCAGAAUGUCAGUUCCCGCAGGUUAAGGUUACGGCCUCAUCUGUUUUUACCAGCAGUCAGGCUGCACGGCAUGCCAAACCCUGGCAAAUUCGGAUAAAGGAGGGCUGUAAACCUGCUGCUUGCUGAAGAAAGACCACAUUCAUAAAAGUAAAGGUCAAAAGCAAGCGGCAGGUCACGCAGCGCAUGCUCAGGCUGUGUUUUUUGCUCAGGCUCUGCUCCCGUUCGAAAUUAAAUGUGCUGUGGUGUGCCCUCCUGACGGCGAGGCUCUGCUGGAGCCUGGGCAGACCACAGCUGCUGCUGUCACCAGCUUCUUCCCUCAAUUAAAGCGGGGGAAAACUUUCCCAUCCUUUACUCCCACGGCGCAAGGAGUGGCCACAUUCUCCCUGAACUUGUAAUGAAACUGUGCGUGUCGUGGGAGAAAUAAAUUCGGUUGAUUGAAAACUAGUGCGCAGGUUGGUAUCGCUAGCUAGAGCCUGCGGGGUCGGGGCUUGACAGGGCUUGUGGCAGACGUGUGAAACAGGGAUUUUUCCACACAGCCUGUUCUCUGUACGGCUUGUUGGCCUGCCUUGCCAGCUAGCUUCCCAGGUCAGAGUUGGAGGAACAGACACCCUGCUAAUAAACCUCUCCGGCCCUGCGGAUAUAAAGAGGAUUUUAGUCUGCCAGUGCAUCAGUGCUGUGGAAUUCAUAGGCACCAAUUUUGCAAUGGAUUUAGUGUGACUAGAAUAUAAGCUGAACUUCUUUCUUUGGAGAGUAGGAAGACAAUCUUUUAUCUCUGUGGCAAAGACAUCAGGGUGGACUUUGAAUUAGUACACUGGAUGGAAUGGUUUAGCUAUUAAUUUUCGUUUGCUGCCAACCCAGCGUACUGAAGAUUGAGCAUUCAGAUUCAGUAUCUGAAAAGCACCCUGUGCUGCAGGUGAACACUUGAAUUUGCACUCUGGGUAUCGCUUGCAGGAGACAUACACUUGACAGGUGCUCUCAGGGAUUAAUGUACAGUAUGUUAGAGUUAGGGGCUGAAGAUGAAGCCUGUUUUCUAACCCUUUGUACUUUAAUGUGUAUAAACACGUGGUAUUUCCAUUAAAAGAGGCACAAGCUGUUAAACUUC